UGGAGCCGAACAACCUUAAAAACCCCUCCCCUCCCUACCUUGGCAUGAAAUAAAAAACGAACCCUCUCCCAGUCCCCAGCCACGCUUUCUUCCUCCACCCCGCUCCCUCAAAAUCCCCGCUCCAAGAAUUGCUUCUCUUCCUUCGCCGGACCGAAGCCGAAGCCAUCGUGAUCUCCUUCGAGAGCCAUCGCAUCGAGAGCUGCAGAUAGAAAUCUGCGGAUGCUCGAAGUUUAGAUUCUACCAAGGAACGAAUUCUUUGAGACAGUAUGCAUGUCAGCCCCUGGGGCGCUUGCUGAUGCUGUGGAAGCGUCCUCUUGUUCAGGAAGUGCUAGGCUGUCCCAUGACACUAGUUGUGUUAGCAACAAAGAGUACUUGCUCAGUUUUGCCAAUGGACAGGAUGUUCGUUCUUCCACCGCACAGAUUGGUUUUCCAGUUGGUGAGCUUGUACUUCCAAAUGGGGAUAAGUAUUCUGGAACACUGUUGGGCAAUAUGCCAGAGGGGUCAGGAAAAUACACUUGGUCAGAUGGUUUCAUAUAUGAGGGUGAAUGGAAAAGAGGGAUGAGACAUGGGCAUGGGAAGAUCACAUGGCCUUCAGGAGCUGUUUAUGAGGGAGAAUUUUCGGGCGGUUACAUGCAUGGUACUGGCACAUAUGUUGGCCCAGAUAAUCUGACCUACAAGGGACGGUGGAAGUUAAAUCUCAAACAUGGCCUGGGAUAUGAAACAUAUCCAAAUGGAGAUGUCUUUGAAGGUUCCUGGAUUCAGGGAGUGGUAGAAGGGCCUGGUAAGUAUGUCUGGGCCAAUGAAAACAUCUAUGUUGGCAACAUGAAAAGAGGAAAAAUGUCAGGGAAGGGAACUCUUACUUGGAAAAAUGGCGACAAGUAUGAAGGCAAUUGGCUGGAUGGCAUGAUUCAUGGAUUUGGAGUCUACACCUGGAAUGACGGUGGCUGCUAUGUUGGAACAUGGACCAGGGGUUUGAAGGAUGGAAAAGGAGCAUUUUAUCCAAAAGGAUGCAAAAUUCCAGCUGUACAGGAGCUUUAUAUCAAUGCUUUAAGAACGCGAGGGAUGUUGUUAGAUUUGAAAAGGCAAAACCAUGGGCAACGUAUCCUUCAUUCUUCUUCUAUUGACAUGGGAAACAUGAAGGUCAGCGAGACCAAGGACUCAGGUAGUGGCUUAUCUGGUAUUCUUCCUAAAGGAAACCUAGUAAGUUUUGGGCAAUCUUGCUCCCAAAGAGUGUCUCUGGAAAGGCGCUGGAGUCUCGAGGUUGCGAUUGAAAAAGUUAUUGGACAUGAUACGUCUGGAGAAUCUGUUUUAGAAAAUGAUGAGAAGGUGGUAGAUACAAAUGUUCCAAUCUUGGAGCGGGAAUACGUGCAAGGUGUAUUAAUCAGUGAAAUAGUAACCAACAGUGACUAUCCAAUGUUAUCUAAAAAAGCAAAAAGACGUCAAAAAAAACUGGCAAGAGACAUAAAACAGCCUGGAGAGACAAUAAUUAAGGGCCAUAGAAGUUAUGAUCUAAUGCUUAGUUUGCAGCUUGGAAUCAGGUAUACUGUAGGAAAAAUUACCCCAAUACAAAGGCGUGAAGUUCGUGCAUCAGAUUUUGGUCCUAGAGCUAGCUUUUGGAUGAAUUUUCCUAAAGUAGGGUCGCAGCUGACACCUCCUCAUCAUGCAGAAGAUUUUAAAUGGAAAGACUACUGUCCAAUGGUUUUCAGAAACUUGAGGGAGAUGUUUAAGAUAGAUGCUGCAGAUUAUAUGAUGUCCAUUUGUGGAAAUGCAGCACUUAGAGAACUUUCUUCUCCUGGGAAGAGUGGUAGUGUCUUUUUUCUUUCUCAAGAUGACCGGUUCAUGAUCAAGACACUCCGCAAAUCUGAAGUACAGGUUCUUUUGCAGAUGCUUCCAAACUAUUUCCAUCACGUGCGUACAUAUGAGAAUACACUCAUAACUAAAUUUUUUGGUCUCCACAGGGUGAAACCUUCCAGUGGGCAAAAGUUCCGGUUCGUAGUAAUGGGAAACAUGUUUUGCACAGAAUUGAGAAUUCAUCGAAGAUUUGAUUUGAAAGGGUCAUCCCUGGGACGCUCUGCAGACAAAAUUGAAAUUGAUGAGAAUACAACACUAAAAGAUUUGGAUCUAAACUACUGCUUCUAUUUGGAACCUUCUUGGCGGGAUGCUUUACUGAAGCAGAUUGAGAUUGAUAGCAAAUUUUUGGAAACACAACACAUAAUGGAUUACAGCCUAUUGUUAGGUGUCCAUUAUCGGGCUCCCCAGCACUUGCAAUCACGUGCAUCCCAUCAUCGAAGUGUGACUGCAGACAGAUUAACUGUCCUUUCAGUGGAAGAUGUCCAAGAGGAUGAGAUUUUUAGCUACCCGCAGGGCCUUGUUUUGGUUCCACACGGGAGUGAUGAAAACAGUGUUGUUGUGGGUCCUCAUAUCAGAGGCAGCCGUUUAAGAGCAUCAGCCGCUGGUUUUGAGGAAGUGGAUCUGCUGCUUCCAGGCACAGCAAGGCUACAGAUCCAGCUCGGGGUUAACAUGCCUGCUAGAGCGGAGCAUAGUCCAGCAGAAGAUAAAACCCAGCUCCAUGAAGAAGUGUACGAUGUGGUUCUCUACUUGGGGAUAAUUGACAUUUUGCAGGAAUAUAACAUGACCAAGAAGAUAGAACAUGCUUACAAAUCCAUUCAAUUUGAUUCCCUUUCCAUCUCAGUGGUGGAUCCUGAAUUCUACUCGCAGCGAUUUUUAAGGUUUAUUCAGACAGUUUUCCCCGAAAAUCCCUAGCUUGUCAAAAGUUGCAUCUAUUUUUGGCAAAAUCCUUAUGAUCGGCUGGCUGGCCUAGAUUAUGUGCAUAGUGAAACAGUGCAUUGUAUAUUAGCUGAUGUAAAUAUUUUUGCAGAAAAUCAAGUUAAAUAAUUUAUCUUGUUUUUUUAUGCAACCAA